GCAUCACACCAACCUGCCAGUCAGACGUCUCUCCUGCUCUCAAGGAAAGCAGCAACGGUUCCACCAUCUCAAUGGCUGACAACAUUCCAAGCUUUAAGGCAGCUGACCUUGUUGUUGAGUUGUCCUCGACUCUAAAGCCCAAACCGGAUGUGCUUUCCUUCGGUUCCGCCUUCUCUGACCACAUGCUGACCAUAGAGUGGAGUGAGAGUGAAGGCUGGAAGGCUCCAGUCAUCAAGCCCUUUGGAAACCUGUCACUCCACCCAGCCUCUCCGUCACUACAUUACGCCAUACAGCUGUUUGAAGGGCUUAAGGCGUACCGUGGGGUUGACAACAAAGUGCGUCUCUUCAGGCCGAUGCUCAACAUGAAACGCAUGGCCACCUCUGCAAAGAGAGCUUGUCUACCUGCCUUUGAUCAGUAAGAGCUCCUGGAGUGUAUCAGACGGCUGGUAGAGAUCGACCAGGACUGGGUUCCUAACUUAGAAAGAGCCAGUCUCUACAUUAGACCAACAUUUAUUGGCACUGAGCAAUGUCUGGGUCUGAAGAAGCCUGCCAAUGCCCUUCUGUAUGUGAUCAUGUGUCAAGUGGGCUCUUACUUCGACGGUGAGCCAAAAUCAGUGUCCAUUUGGGCCGACCCAAAGUAUACACGGGCCUGGAGAGGAGGAACUGGAGACUGCAAGAUGGGAGGGAACUACGGCUGUUCUCUGUCUGCCCAGUAUGAAGCAGUGAGUCAUGGUUGUCAGCAGACGCUGUGGCUGUAUGGAGAGGACCACCAGAUCACUGAGGCAGGCACCAUGAAUGUCUUCCUGCACUGGAUCAAUGAGGAUGGAGAGGAGGAACUUGCAACUCCACCUCUGGACGGCAUCAUCCUCCCAGGUGUAACCCGACAGAGCAUCCUGGAACUGACCAGGAAAUGGGGUGAGAUUAAGGUGACAGAGCGCUACCUGACCAUGAGCCAGCUGUGCUCUGCUCUGAAGCAGCAGCGGGUCAAAGAGAUGUUUGGCUCUGGUACUGCCUCCAUGGUCUGUCCCAUAGGACACAUCGUUUACCAGGGAGAGGACUUGCAUCUCCCCUGUCAGGAUAAAGACUCACUGCUGACCUCUCGGAUAGCAAAGGAACUCACAGAUAUACAGUAUGGACGCACGCCCAGCGACUGGACCAUCCUGAUGGAGCAGCAGUAAAGAAGCCUGUAUAUGAACAAGGAGGACAUACAGUUAUGCAACAACCAAAGACUACUGUACAUGUACAUUAAUCAGACAACUAUGUUUGUGCAAUAUUUGUUGUCUCACUGCAAUAUGCUGGCUCUGCGGCAAGUGUGUCGUACCACUUUACCUCCUUUUGAGCUUAAAUUAAUGACAAACACACAACUGUCCAAAAUAAUUAACAAAAGUAGGCUAAUGUCUCAUGCAAUACUGCACAAUAGCUUACAGUAACGCAGCCACCACCACCAACAUCCAGCAUUACAGCUGUGGCUGUGAUCAAACUUGAAAAGAGAAGUAUGAGUUUUUAGAGUUACAGAGAAUUUCAUAUCACUUGUGUAAGAGUUACAAAGCAUCUACAAGAGGACCAUAAGUAAUUAACCUUCAUAUGGUUAUGGCAUGAAAACAAUUAAGAAUCGUGCUGGCUCAAAGUUUCAGACAGUUUUCCUGAGUGCUCCAUUUUUUAAUCAUUUCAGAGCUCAUGCUAAUGUCUCAAAGUUUUACACAUUUGUCAUGUUAAUAGAAACUUUUUAAACACAUAAAAUUAAACUAGUGUGAUGGGAAACCUGAAGUAACACACAGAAGUUUCUUUACUACUUCAUGGAACUCAUUAUUAAGUCAGUAGUACUGGACAAAUAGUAUUCAUCAGUCAUUCAUUGAAAGAAUAUACUUUGUGAGAUGGCCCAAAAUGUGUGUGAAUGUCUUACUGUAAAUAAUGCACAAGAAAAGUUUAGCCCACCAUUGCAUAUUUGCGCUCAUUUAAAAGGGACCUUCCCUUUGACUACUGUAAGUUUUAUGCUGAUUACUGUAUGAUGCAUUUUGCUCUGGAGGUAAAAUAUUAUGUUAAUGUUCGUCAAUAAAUAAUCAUUUUUACCCA